GAUAUUACAGCUUUAUAUCAAUAUAUUCUAUGUUUAGAUAACCACAAGGCUGCACCAUGUUUAGAGUGAACAUCGUGGCUAUUAUAUUUGCCUUUGUCCUAUUUCCUUUUCAUGUCUGUGGCAAAAAACAUCCCAAUCUACAAGAGCAGCAUUCCAUCCUUGAGACUGUAGAUGUGACGGUGGUGGAAGGAGAAGCUGCAAUUAUCAGCUGCCGAGUAAAGAAUAACAACAACUAUGUUAUCCAACUGCUCAAUCCCAACAGGCAAACCAUCUACUUCCGGGAUUUUAGGACUCUGAAGGACAGCCGAUAUAGCCUGGUGUAUUUUGCCGGUAAUGAACUAAGAAUCUCCCUUUCUAAUGUUUCUGUGGACGAUGGAGGCCGAUAUGUCUGCCAGCUCUACAGUGACCCUCCUCAAGAGGCCUUUGCAACUCUUACAGUAAUUGGAAAACAUCCGACCCUUGAAACCGAAGAUGUUGCAGUGAUGGAAGGAGGAGUUGCCAUUAUCAGCUGCCGAGUAACCGAUAAUGAUGACUCUGUUAUCCAACUGCUCAAUCCCAACAGGCAAACCAUCUUCUUCCAAAAUAUGAAAGCCCUGAAGGACAGCCGAUACCAGUUGGUAUAUUUCUCCGGAAACCAACUGAAAGUCUCCCUCUCAAAUGUUUCUGUCAAAGAUGGCGGACAAUAUAUCUGCCAACUCUACAGUGACCCUCCUCAGGAGGCAUUUGCAAAUGUUAAAGUUAAGGCAUGAAAUCAUUUUUAUCCACAUUGAUUCUUCUGAGACGGCCUGACUCAUCUACUGGAAAAAUAUAUAUUUUAUAAAAGUUGGACUGUGUGUCCCGAUGUCCCUUGGCCAGACAGGUCACAUUCUGCCUUGUCAUCACACCUGGAAUGUGAAACCCUCAGCCUUUGCCAAUACAAAGUGUGUAGAAGACAAUCACAUGAUAUCUUAUUUUUUGUGUCCAGAAAUAGUAAUAAUGUUCCAUCCAGGAGUAACGCUCAGAAUAACAUGCACUUUGAUAUGUUUUUCUCUUUAUAUAAAAUGUGUGCCAUUUGACACAUACAACAGUAACUAUGGAAUGCAGAUUCGUAGCAAUUGAAGAAGUUGAAAGUUGCGACUACAGACAGCACUGUAUUCACGAGGGCCCCCACAGACUGCAGCAAUGCAACUAGAGUGGAAGGCAGGAUGCAAAGUGAAAAAAUGGUGGAUUGGCCAAUGAUGAAUUUGAACCCUACCUUCCACUUGACUCCAAUUAUCUUUUAUUAAACACAAUUCAGCAGGAAAAGUUAUAAAAUAAUUCUAGUAAGAGUACUCCCCCUAUACUAAGCACAAUUUAGCUCCCUAGGUUUGCAAACGGAAUAACCUGUACAAAGAGCAACACUAUAACAUUAUUUCCUCACAGUUAUUCAUCUGUACUAGGCACAAUUCAGCAGGAACAGCCCACUAAAUCCUGAAUAGCAAAAAGUCAAAAAGCACAAGAAUAAAAUAAGUAAAACAACAUAAUCUGUGUAGUCCUGCUAACCCUCCUUCACAUCUUCAGCAUGAUGAAAGUUAUAAUCAUAUACAAUUAGGGAAUGGGACUAACAAUAGCCACACAGGCCAGUAAAAAAAUGUAAUUAUUAACAAACAUCAUUAACAAAGCAUGACACAUUUUGUGCAUGUUGCACUUAAUUAAAAGCUCCUACAGGCAGUCAUAAGAGUUUUGAGUAAAUUCUAGGAUAAGUUUCUUCCCUUUAAAUGGAGAGUAAGUACAGGUGUGGGAUCUGUUCUUUACAAAACCAUUUAUCCAGAAAGCUCCGGAUUACGGGAAAGUUGUCUC